GGUCCACGCGCCCGCCAUGGCGUCCGCUCGGCCCGCGCUGUCCCGGCUGCUGUGCGCGGGUGUCCGGCCCUGGAGGUGCUGGCCCGGUUUCCUCGCGAAGGCGGCCCCGGGCCCGGCCAGGCUGCACAGCAGGACGCUGGGAGGCGCCCUGGCCCCCGCGGUCAGCGAGCCCCAGGACGGCGGCGAUCUCCAGGAGAAAGUCCUGAAUGAGCCCCUCAAGCAUGCUGACUUCUUCAACAUCAAGGAGCUGUUCUCUCUGAAGAGCCUCUUCGAUGCCCGUGUGCACCUGGGACACAAGGCCGGCUGCAGGCACAGGUUUAUGGAGCCAUAUAUCUUUGGGAGCCGCCUGGACCAGGACAUCAUCGACCUGGAACAAACAGCCUCGCACCUCCAGCUGGCUUUGAACUUCACUGCCCACGUGGCCUACUGCAAGGGCAUCAUCCUGUUUGUGAGCCGUAACCGGCAGUUCACACACCUGAUUGAGAACACGGCCCAGGACUGUGGCGAGUACGCCCAUACCCGCUACUUCAAGGGCGGUCUGCUGACCAAUGCCCCACUCCUCUUUGGGCCCAUGGUCCGCCUACCAGACCUCAUCAUCUUCUUGCACACGCUUAACAAUGUCUUUGAGCCCCACGUGGCCGUGAGAGAUGCUGCCAAGAUGAGCAUCCCCACCGUCGGCAUCGUAGACACCAACUGCAACCCGUGCCUCAUCACCUACCCUGUCCCCGGCAAUGACGACUCGCCCCCAGCCGUCCAUCUUUACUGCAGGCUUUUCCGGACGGCCAUCAAGAGAGCCAAGGAGAAGCGAAGGCAGAUGGAGGCCCUGUAUCGCCUGCAGGGCCUGAAGGAGGCCGAGGGCCAAGUGACAACUGACCCUCCUUCUGGGGCAGAUGUCGUCCGGUCCCUGUGAAGGGCCUCGCUGGUCCUCCUACAUCAGACAGCCAGACAUGCUCUGAUCUGGAAGUCCCUUAGCUGGUCCUGCCUCCCUACAGCACUUCCUGUGCUAGGCAUUUGGGUUCUUGUCACUAUUGAUGACACUCAGCUAUAUUCCCUCCCAGGGGCCAAAGAGCCUGAGACUUGUCUGCAUCUUCCCUGUAGGGGCAGACAUGCCAGCAGAUCGUAUGCCCUUAAUGGCCACUGGCUGCAGUUAGGACAUGAGGCCUGGUGCCCUGACUGCUGAAAAAUGCAGUUCUCCCUGACCCUUGCAAAGGCCUGGCUUCCACCUUGACUUUGGAACUUUGCUAGCUCAGUUUUUUUUUUUCUCAAGCAACAUGUCCUUUCUGCUUUCCUAGCAGCCUGGUGUCAAGGGCUGUUUUGUAAUGUGAAGUUGCAAUACAAACCAUGGAGAAGGGACAGGUUGGGACAGGUGGGAAAAACAGAUGGUGGACCCC